CUCAAACGACCUCGAGAACGUGGCCGAGAGCUUCUGGCCAACAGACGACCUGCCGCGUAAAUAGCCCUCGACGGUCCAGCGUCCCUUAUCAUCGCUUCGAGUCAUCUCGGUCGCCAAACUCUUGUCCAGGUCCAGAAAAACAAAAGCAAAAAGCAAAUAUGGUGGUCAGGCCGUUCAACGUCAUCCAGCCCAAGGACGUCCCCGAGGGCACGCCAGAGUACGAGUCCAAGCGGGCGGCCUUGCUUCGAGCCUUCAACGAAAAGAUCCCCCAGGAGUACUACAUCCCGCAGGAGGUCGUCGCCAGCCCGCCGCAGGACGUCUCGGGCCUCGCGACGACCUUUGGCAUCCUGACGCCCGAGGAGAUCGCCAUCACCGAGACCGCCGAUGCCACGACCCUGGCCGAGGCCAUCGCCGGCCGCAAGUACACGGCCGUCGCGGUGGCCACGGCCUUCUGCAAGCGGGCCAUCGUCGCCCACCAGCUGACCUGCUGCCUGACGCAGUGGUUCAUGGACGAGGCGCUGGCGCAGGCCAAGUCGCUCGACGAGUACCUGGCCAAGCACGGCAAGACCGUGGGCCCGCUGCACGGCGUGCCGGUCAGCAUCAAGGACCACAUGCCCAUCGCCGGGACGUUCUCGUCGACGGGCACCUUUGGCAGCAUCGUCCACAACGACACGGACAGCCAGCUGGUGGCGAUCCUGCGCGGCCUGGGGGCGGUCUUCUACUGCAAGACGAACCAACCCCAGACCCUGAUGCACCUGGAGUCGGACUCGCACUGGGGCCGGGUGCUGAAUCCCUACAACAUCCACCUCUCCGCCGGCGGCUCGACGGGCGGCGAGGCGGCCCUGAUCGCCAUGAAGGGGUCGAUCCUGGGGGUCGGCACCGACAUUGGCGGCAGCAUCCGCGGGCCCGCGGCGUUCUGCGGCAUCUACGGGUUCAAGCCGACGUCGUACACCUUGCCCAUGAAGGACAUGAUCGCGGCGCCGUUCCCCGCCGAGCUCAACGUGCUGUGCUCGAUCGGGCCCAUGUGCCGGAGCCUGAGGGACAUGGACCUGUUCACCGGCCACGUCAUCGCGGCGAAGCCCCAUCUCGAAGACCCCAGGAUCGUGCCCCUGCCGUGGACGGGUCUCCAGACCCCGAUCCCGGGGAAGCUGAAGGUCGGGGUGAUCAGCCACGACGGCUUCAUCGACCCGCAGCCGCCGGUCAAGCGCGCCGUGGCCUGGGCGAAGGCGCUCCUCUCGGACCCCAAGCACGCCGACGUGAUCGAGGUCAAGGACUUUACGCCGUACGACGCCGCCGGCGCGUGGGCCAAGAUCCGCCGCAUGUACUGGCCGGACGGCGGCCAGGGGAUGGCCGAGCACAUCACCGAGACGGGCGAGCCGAUCCACCCGCUGUCGUCGUGGAUCUGGAAGGACGCCGAACCCUUGGGGAUGCAGACGGGCGUCGACGUGAGCAACAUGCGCGGCGAGCGCGACGCCUUCCGCAUCGCCUUCGCCGCGCACUGGAACGCCCAGGACGUGGACGUGGUGAUCGGGCCCUGCUUCGUCGGCCCGGCCUCGGCGCACGACACGGCCUUCUACUGGACGUACACGUCCCUGUACAACUUCGUCGACUACCCCGGCGUCGUGGUCCCGACCCCGAUCACGGCCGAGAAGGCGGAAACGUACGCGGCCGACUACACGCCCCUGAGCGACGCGUGCGCGCACGUCAAGCAGCUGUGGGAGGAGGGGGAUUUCGAGAAGGCCCCCAUCAACCUGCAGGUCGUGGCGCGCAAGUACCACGACAGCCAGCUGUUUGGGGCGCUGGCGGUCUUGAAGGAUGUCUUGGGACUGCCGUAGAGGUCUGCGGCCGUGUCCCGACUCUCAUCCAGAUGAAUAUGAAGGAUCACAAAGGACUAUUGACUCCUUACCUUGGCAAGCUCCCUGGAGAACUUAUCUGAGUGGCGCCCACGGGUAUUCUGUUUCUCUCCGUUGCUACUGUAGUACUUCGUAUAUGAUGUAUGAUGAG